CUUAGCUAAUCCGCCAUGCUGGCCUAGUGGAGGCGGUAAGCAGUUGCAGUGACUGCAGUUGUUGUAAAUGUACCAGGCAUUGUAGUUUUCGUGAAAAUGGACCUAUUUGGUGACCUACCGGAACCAGAAACUAAGAACAACAAGCCGGAGACCACAUUGUCCAGAAGUACAAGUAUCACAGAGAAGAAUCCCCCAGGGCAAGCCCUCAGGCCAUCCAAGUCUGGCUUGAACCCCAGUCAAGCUGUCUGGAGGGGGGUGAGGGGCAACUAUGUCUCUGUGACACAGGGUACUGGGGGAGGGGGUCUGUUUGAUGAUCUGCCCCCCAAUAGCAGUGAGCUGCCCGCCAAUGCCAGUGGCCUGUCCUCUAGUAACAGUGAUCUGUCCUCCAAUGCUGGUCAGAAAGAUGACACACAGCAUGUAGAAUAUGGUGAAGGAGACAGAGGGAAGAAAAGAAAGAUUGAUGAAUCGCAGGAUGGGGCCCUUCCAGAAAAUGACACUAGGGGGACCUGUGCUCAAGAGAGGACCAAUGCUGAGGCAGGGAGCAAGAAAUUAAUAGGUGGAAUGUACAUGCUGAAAGGUUUUGUGGCGGACAGAAAAGGAGAGCGUGAGGACAUGCAAGAUGCACACUAUCUUACUGAGGAUCUGUUACCGGAGAUUGGGGUCGUAGAUAGUAGCAUCACUAGAGUUGCAUAUUUUGCUGUGUUUGAUGGACACGGCGGUGACAGAGCUUCCAAGUAUGCUGCUACCCACCUCCACAAAAAUAUUGCAUGUAAAUUUCCCAAAGGUGAUAUAGCUCAAGUUGAGAAGGACAUCAAAAGGCAGCUAAUAGAGGCAUUUAAAAAGACAAAUGAUGAUUUCUUAAAGUUAGCAACAGCCAGGAAACCUUCAUGGAAAGAUGGCACUACAGCAGUGGCAGUUCUGGUGAUCAACAACACAUUGUAUAUAGCCAACCUUGGGGACAGUAAGGCCAUUCUGUGCAGAUACAGUGAAGAGAAGAAGUCCUAUAUGGCAGUUCCUCUGACCAAAGACCACAAUCCAACACAGUAUGAAGAGCGAAUGAGAAUACAGAAAGCAGGGGGCAAUGUUAAGGAUGGGCGUGUGAUGGGAAUACUGGAGGUGUCACGGUCACUGGGUGACGGUCCUUACAAAGCCCACGGUGUCACAUGUAUCCCAGAUGUCAAGAGAUGUCAGCUGACCAAUAAUGACAGGUACAUUUUGAUAGCUUGUGAUGGCCUAUGGAAAACAUUCAAAAGUGAAGAAUCUGUCUUAUUUGUAAAUAGAAUUUUAGAGCUCCAUGCAAGUAGUGAUGCAGCAAAUUCCAAAUCAAAGGAACGUUUACACUCAGACUUUGAGACCGCCUGCGGGCGAGUGGCCAAUGAGGCAGUGAGGAAGCUCAGUGCAGACAAUGUGACUGUUAUGCUGGUGUCCAUACAGAAUCCUUCUUGAAUAGGUCACAUAUUCCAGUGACAGUUUUGACAAGGAAUUGUGUUACAGUAAUGAAAGAUCCAUCUCUGUUUGAUGAAAGCAGAACUGUUAAUGUAGCGGUGAUUUUUGUCUCUCAUGUACAAAAUGCAUGAAAAAAAAUACAAGCUUUAAGUCAUUGACUGUGAGGGCAUUUGUUUAUAUAAAAGUAAAGUCUUUAUAAGAGGGCUUAAUUGUGUCAUAUGUAAGUCAUUCUAAUCUCAGGUGUAAAAAAAGUUUAAAUUCAAGAUAACACAGUGGAAUUGCGAGAAUGUAAAGCCUCUGUCACAGUGGGUUGUGAGAGAUAGGAGAACACAUUUUGGCCCACUCUCAUUCUGAUGAAACUCGGAUAAUAUUCUCCCAUAAGGGCACAUUCUCAAACACUCAUCAGAACAUCUCACUCAUUAAAAAAAAAAAAAAGAUUCAGAAUAGAAUAGAUCAGAUUUAUUUCUACCCAGUAACACAGAUUUGCAACUUUUUGUAAAAAUCCGCUGGAACCAGCCAGCAAGCAAUACGGCAUGCCAUGCCAGGACGGAACAGAACUUCGAAUCACAUUAGCCGAGGAUUAAUAAUUAACCUACAGUUUUACAUCCAAACUAUGUAACAUAGUUGUUAUACAGUCAAUGAAAGAUAUGUGCAUAGAAUUAGCAGUUAAGAUUGAAAUAUCAUUACGUACACUCUACUCUCAAAGCUUAAGUCGGCUGAAAUAAAGUUUGCCAACUGUAAAACUAGCUUGAACAAGAAAACACCCCAACUGACAAAAAAUAAUUUGGACU